CCAGGAAACACAUAUCAUCGUAUUGAAGGCCCAAAGAAAACCAAUCACAUCUUAUUCACAAACCACCAUGUCCGACGGUCAUCACCACCACCACCACCAUCACAAUAACCACCGCCACAAAGAAAAUCCGGCCGGUGAGAUUGAUUACAAAAAGGAAGAGAAACACCACAAGCAUAAGGAACGUCUUGGAAAGCUAGGAGCUGUUACUGCUGGUGCCUUCGCUUUGCAUGAGAAGAAGGCGGCGAAGAAAGAUCCAGAACACGCACACAGUCACAAGAUCAAAGAGGAGAUUGCAGCAGCUGUUGCUGUUGGAGCUGGUGGCUAUGCGUUUCAUGAGCAUCACGAGAAGAAAGAAGCAAAGAAGAAAUAUGAAGAGGCUCAUGGAAAGAAGCAUUAUCACUUCUUUCAUUGACUUUAUUGACUUAUCAGGAAUAGAUGUGGAUUAUUUAUGGAGCUUCAACUUCUCUGUUGAUCGAUUUAUUGUGUUCUGCACUAUAUGCUUAAUCCCAUGAUUCGCUUAAGGUAUUACAGUACUAAUAAUACCUUGCGGUAUUGGGAUAGGGCAAAACAGAACAAAUUAGGAGAGAGGCUGAAUUCAGAUUUGUGAUAGUAACAUAGUCUUUUGAUUUACUUUUGGAAAUAUUAAUUAAUUGGUGUUGUAUGUAUACUUCAAUUGAGCAGUAAGAGUUUACUAUAUAAAAUAUAUUUGUGGA